AUGGUUUUUGACGCAAAUGGGAUCUCUAGAUUCCAACUUUUCUCUCUUAAUAGUCUCAAAGAGCCUGGUAUUGCAGAUCUGCUUAGGCUACUCUCUGACUCAUAUCUAUACAGGUUUGACCGAAUGUCCGGUUGCCUAACCUGGUUGCUAACACGAGCAAAAAAACAGGAGGUUGAAUCUGCUCGUGUGGAGCAGUUGCGCACCGAUUUGGCUGAUGAGCUAGCCUGGACCAAUGUGAGUGUUUUGCCAACUGAAAAGUCCGAAUGCAGGGCAUCUCUUUUCAAUAAAAAUGUGGAUGUAAAUUUGGCUAGAAAGUUUAUUAGUAGAGAUACAUUUCCUGAAAGUAUUAACGAGAAAUUGUAUAGAUUUAAUUUAUUGGUCGCAAACUAA